CGUCGAUCGACAACCUAUCUUCUCAUGUUCGCAUGUCUUUUCAAUCGCAACGAGAAACUUGAUGCGUGGAUCGCGUAUUUUUAAGGAUUUCGAUAAGUAACAUUGCUCAUCCAAUGCCACUUAGGUGUUCAUGAAAACCCUCCAGGGCCCUGCAUUGGUGUCGUCCAUCAAAAUCCCAAAAAAGCUCACAUACAGCCUAGUACUACACCCUCAAAGAGAGCACGCAUAAGAUAUACCAAGCUAUCGAUAAUCACUUAAUCAUCAUUUUAUCGAGACCUUCAAGUGCGGAUUGGAGUGACAUACAAGUCGACUGUGAAGGACUUACAGGAUGGAUCUCGACAACAAGCCGUCCGCGGUUCUCCAAGCUGGCAUAUUUGAAGACUUGCAACGCAAAAUCGACGAAGACUCUGCUAUCAAAGACGCUCUUCGUGAUAUAGUGCAAACACUCGAGAAGCAGGACCGCGCAACUCAGGCAAUUCUGUCACGAGCACACUCCACAGCCUCAUCUGAUGCGAGCUCCGUCGUGGCUGCGGCUCAAGCAAGCAUUGCGAACGAGGUCCAAUCCAUUCAGCGUCUCGAAGAGCUGGCAUCCAAGUAUCCAUACUACAAGUUCAACUAUUCAUGGACACGCCACAUCCAGGAUGCAUGUCUCUCCAUAUUGACCUGCGCUUGGCUUGGUGGCUUCGAUAAAGGUCGAACCGGUCAGCUUCUCACGAUCGACGAAGUUGGCUCGAUCAUGAAUGUGCCGGUCAACCUCAAGGACCGCGAUGCAUUCCAUCUCACAAUCGAAGAAUAUCUACUCGCACUAAUAUCACUGCUUGACGAGUUGGCUCGGCUUGCCCGGAACUCUGUCACCCUAGGUGAUUACAGUCGGCCACUACAAAUCAGCCAGUUCAUCAAAGACAUCCAUGCCGGCUUCCAAAUACUGAAUCUUAAGAAUGACACGCUGCGAAAACGCAGCGAUGGCAUCAAGUACCGAGUCAAGGAAGUCGAGGAUGUAGUGUACGAUCUGAGCCUUCGUGGCCUUCUGCCCAAGGCAUAGGCGAUGGUUGUACAUGGGCGGGAGGGGACCGUUGAUGGCACGAAGCAAUGAUUUGCUCCGUAAAUUUGUUCUGAGGUGCAGCACUUGCUCACACUUCACUAUAGUACAGUACAAUCAUGACGCUCCAAAAGUCGUUCCCAGCUGGUAUCGAAGCUGAGUAACGCAGUCAAAUGUAGCGCAUCAUCCACACCCUGCUCU